AUGAAUGACCUCCAGCUCCAAAUUCAAUUAAGAAGAUAUACAAUCAAGUCAUCAUUUUCAGGACCUCCAAGCCCCGAGGAACCAUUCCCCUCUCCUCACACCUUUCAACCUCAGUCACGGAACUUCCCUCUAGCACACUGGUACACAAGUGCUCAUGUUAUGAAAACCAGUGCGCAAGGCCUUGUCCGCCCUCCGAUGAUGGCACCUCCCUCACUAACGACAGCAGCGCUCCUUACUCUUCUCCUAGCAGGCUUCACUCUCAUGGCCCUCCUUGCGUACAGCAGCCCCCUUCCCUCCCCAGCAACCCUCCACAACGACCCCACUAUGAACUCAGGAGAUGAACCUUCAGCACCGCUCAUCUCCAAGAGUGCCUCUGCCCUUCAUACCCACAACACGUCUCCUCCUGGACUUCUCACCAUCCACACCGAUCCUGGCAUGCUCUCCACCCAAAAUCGAGAGAACCUGUCAGAUUCUACCCACUCCAAUGUCGACUCGCAGGGAUCGCAGCGAGGACCUUCAGGGACUAACACUGAAGAUAGCGCGCCGGGGGAUUGGGAUGCUGCAUUUUCGAGAGAGAAUCAGGAGGCGCAGCAAGGGGGUGGGAGGACGGCGCCUGCUAAUUCUGAAGUGCAUGAGGGCGGGUAUAAGCACAAAAGUCCGGCGCCUGGCUCGGCAAAAGCGCUAGCGAGGACCUGCAGCUGCCCCAAUGUCUACGUAAAUAAGGUACAUUUGAUCAAGUUCAACCAUCGAGAUGAUCAAUUGAAAUGCCUCCUUGAUUUUCACAGCUUGUACAAGGACAGGCCUCAGGCCAUGGAUAGCAUCAAUGUCUCGGAGCUCGUUGAGCGCCUAGGCAGUGAUGAGGAUGCCGUGCGCAAGAUGGCCGUCUUCAAGUUGCAGUCCAAUAUUGGGGAUCCAUCGUUUGCUGAUGUUUUCAUACUGGAAGGAGGCCUAACGAAGUUACGAUAUCUAACACUCCACGCUACCGGCAAUACUUUGGCCUAUAGCUUGACCUCCUUCUCAAGACUGCUAGAGGUGGACAAGGGCUGGGAGUAUGUCAAUCAAGAUCUUGUGGAAAGGGUUGUCGAGCUGGUCGUCACUCAUCCACUGGUCAACAUCCUUCGCGGUGCCAUGUCAAUUCUAGUCUACAUCGUCUCUCAUCCCUAUACCGCCUCGAGCAAGAUAUCUCAGCCCGACAGCUCUGGCUUUCGAGCUAUACAGCCCGCUAUGUCUGUGUACCCACAGUUCCUCGAGAUGCUCGUCAGUAGAUUAUCUUCCGCCGAUCACGCUUUAUGUGCCAAUGCGUUGCUGCUCAUCAAUUCGUUGAUGCGAGAAGCUAUUAACAACCACUCAGAAGCUGACUGGCCUAAAUUCAUCAAGCGGCUGCAAGACCUCGGUGUCAUCAAAGCGGUCUAUACACUCAUGCAAAGCACAGCGUUACAGGAUCUGUCACAUCCACUGCUCGAGUAUCAGGCAUUGACAAAAGUGCUGCUUCGUAAAUGGCGAGAUAUUCCUGUGGAUCUAGAUAAGUCGGAUCAUAGAAGAGCUCUGAAAAGCAUACACUUAGCUAGCAAUCCUGAAAGAGUCACGACACCAGUGGAUGAUGGAGAAGAGGGUGUGAAGAAGAGACAUAACCCAGAAAAGUGGAGACGUCUGGGGUUCGAGUCGGAGACUCCAGCCUGGGAAUUUGGAGAUGUUGGUUAUCUGGGGAUGGUAGACUUGAUAGAAUAUGUGAGACGGCAGGAGGAUGGUUUUCAGAAGCUCCUGCUGGAGCAAUCAACCAAGUUGGCAGAACAAAGAUGUCCAAUUGCCAGAGCAAGUCUUGCGGUGACUUCGAUGCUUUGCGAGCAUUUUGAAAUUGAGAAAGCAGAUAUUGACGAUGGCAAAUUCCAGCUCUCCUUCGAGUCACGAACGAACUUUGACAAGGUUUUCAAGCCUCUGAUUUUGCAGUGGUCAUUACUCCACACUGCUGGUCUACAGGCUUUCUUCCGGCUAUGGCAAACUACUGGUGCCGAGACUGAAGACUUCAUAAAGAUCGCCGACCUGGUCCGAAUACUGCUCGAAGAAGUGGUUGGCGGAGCUACAAGAUUGAGCGACGUCGAUGUAGUCGAAACAGAAAUUCAGCAAUUCGAAUUGAGACGAUUAAGGCAUUUGCAGAUGGAGCUGCUUGAAUUGACCUACGAAGGCCACUGGGGUCAUCACCUUGGCCAAAUCCGAGACGAGCUGUACCACGAAGCGUUGCAAUUUGUCAAAGAGCAGCGCAUACGAUGUCUAUUAGCAGGAGCAUGGUUCCCGAACUGCCAUGGUCACGAUAGCGAAAAAGGCGCUGCGACAAAGCAGGAUCUUAACCCGUCCAAUCCAACUUCUCAACGCUAUGCAAAACUAGCCCACAACAGGCGCUUUCUACACUACGCCGACUUCGACGUUCCUGGUGAUGAGGAGCCAAAUCUGGAGGGACUGCUUGAGAGGAUCGACCUCACAACAGUGUUCGUUACCUCGGACGUCUCCACAGCCUCUGAGCCCAAUUCCUCAACAACUACCCUUAAAGCGACUCACAACUCUAUCUCUGCAAGGAAGAUAACCAUCCGUGGCUACCUUCCCUCCAACUCACGUCCCACCUCACCCAAGAGCCACACUCGUGCAGGCUCUAUAGCAACCAAGCCGCCUCGAAAGGAAGUGACACUGCUUACCCUUCACCCACAAACUCACAAUCUGGCCGUGGAAUGGCUGGACGGUUUGCGCAUGUUGUUGAAUCAGCAGCCAAUCACAAACGAGACCAAGAAACUGAUUGCCAUGGUGCAGGAUUAUGGCCUCAAGAUCAGGCUGUUGAAUGUCAGAUUUGAUGAUAUGCUUCUUGCGGGUGAGGCCCCUGAGAUACCCAGCCGCGAAGGGCUCGACGAGGACUACCAUUAUGACAUUUUCGGCACUUGA